UGCAUUUUCUGCAACUAUUCGCAUAAUAGCUAAGAGAGUCGCUGUUAUUCAUCGGACAAUUCAGUCCACAUAUACUAAACGUACUCUAGCUUAUUUCCCAGCCGGACUUUUUCCGAUUUUUUCCGACGUCGUCGUAAAGUGUAUGGAGUACGUAUAUGGGCAAAAAAUGGCACGAAAUUAAGUGGAAUACGUUUCCACUCACAUUGUAUAUAGAAGAAGUAUACAAAAACGAAGGAGUGAAUUUUUCAUUCGGGUCCGUAUCUUUUUUGUAUCAACGAAGUAUAUUGGUAUAGUAAGUGAGCCGAAGAGCAAGACCGAUCGGUAUUUAUGUACAUACAUCAGUUGAUGCGAAGCCGUGAAACGGAGUGUAAACAAAAAGUGUAAGCACGUGUUUGCGAAAUUGAAAAAUAAAAAAACUUAACAUGGAUAAAGGAUUAAUACGCAACAGAUAUGCUGUGAAUAGCGAUUUUAACACCAAUCCGUCGAUGAACGUCUUGGGCGUAUUGAGAAAGCAUUGGAGAGAAUUGAAAACAGACAAAUAAAAAUUGAAGGAUACUUCGCGAAUUGAAAAAACUUUGGAGGGAAUUAACAAUAGGCAAAUGAAAAUUGAAGAAACCUUACAGGAUACCUUGCCCAAAAUUCGCUCAGCUGUAGACCAAUUGAUAAAGAAAAAUGUUCCAAUUACCACCAAAAAGAUAUUUCCAAUAUUGACUUUGGGUGAUCUGGAGGAAGCAAACAAGGAAGUUGGCAAUGAAAUCGAGAAAUACACUCAAAUAUUAAAAAUAAUAAUUAAUCCGGAAGGAAUUUUUAAAAAUUUCAAUCGAAUUUUAAGCGAUAAAGUCAUUCAUCAGUUAAAUUAUGAUGGGGUGAAUUUCAAAAUGGCCUUUAAAGAGUAUAAGUCCUUGAAUAAGGCAUUGUUUGGUAAGAUUGUCAUUUAUACAAGUCUUAAUAAACAAAACGAAUUAAUAUUUUUUUUUGUAGAAGCCACUGCCAAAGAAGGGACUACACAUAAAGACUUCGUAAAAGAGAUCAGAAACUGUUUUCGUGCAUAUAAGAGCCGCAAUUUCAAAAAAAUUUAUGACAAAAAGAAAAAGUCAAUAAAUAGCCAAUAGUUAUAUUUUCAACACUUA